AUGGACGAUCCAUCGGAUGACCUGCAGCGGUUGCAUCUUGUGGAAAGAGCCACUGGGCAGUCUGAAAGCGAAGGGCAAGCCACCCAAAGUGAGCCUGAAACGCGCCGAGCAGAGCCAGCAGCCGAAGCACACGAAGAGCGCGCAGAGCCAGCAGCCGAAGCGCACGGAGCCGAGGCCAGAGCGCGCGAAGCCGAGGCCAAAGCGCGCAUAGCCGAGGCCGAGGCCGAAACUGCGCGGCUGUACGCCGAAGAGCGCAAAGCCGCGCGCCUCGAAAAGAAACGGACGUUGUGCAGUGAAAAGCUCGCAAUUUUGGAAAACAUCUUUUGCGGCCUCACUGCGACCCACAACAUGGCCCUGCGAAAGAAGAUGAUGGCAUUCAGUGAUGAUGCAUUUGAGGACCUUGUCGUCCGUCUUAUCAACAACGAAACCUCACCCCAGACGAUGAAGAAACAUUUUCCCUUGAAAGGCUUUACGUGGCAAACAAGAGAAUCAGUUGCUAACGCGAUGCCCUCAGUAGCGCCCUCAUCUACCCCGACUCUGACCGAUGCAUAUGAAAAGCUCGGUUGCAUCGUCGCAGAGCUUCCCUGCAGCCACCACUACUACGCAGCGAAAAUCGUCAAGCGCAUCGAUGAGCUUUGCGCGGAUGGCAAGCGGACGAUCGACGAGAAGUUGAUUGAAGACCUCAAGUGGGCGGUCGAUGUUGAGCGACAUUCCCGAUUGUCUCAGCUCCAGCGGGAGAGCGACAUUUCUUCCCGACUGACUAUCGUGCUGCAGCACCACUUUGGCCUGGACUUUGUCCAUCAAUAUUCGAUUGGCGACAAGAACACCCAUGUCGAUUGGGCGGGCUUUGACCAGAACCACCACGUUGUUGUCAUGGGCGAGUGCAAAAAGGACAAGCAGCCUUUCCAUCAAUAUGGAGGACAGGUUGCCAAUGAACUCGAGCGACUGGGAGCCAUUGCUACACGGUAUGAGAGCGACAGCGAGUCCAAUGGACUGGAUGGCCGGAAGUCCACAGAGUGGCCCAUUGUCAACAUCAACGUGGUGGGAGACCAUGACCUCUGCGAGAAAGAUUUGCAAUUGCACAAAUCGUUUGGUCCCAGCGUGCAGGUCUACAGCGACGAGAAGCAACUCGAGGUGUUGUACAAGCACUUUGACUACUGGGGUCGCUUGUCAGGCCUCUGCAGUGCUUUGAGCAAUGGCUUACGUGCCGCAGAUUGCCGCCACCCGCCCGACGGCCGAAUCCUGGAAAAGCUCGCUCAACUGGAUGUGACGGGCUCCUUCUAUCAGGAGUGGAAGGUGACGAAGCUUGCAACUGCCGUGCAUGUGCUCAGCUACCCUUACGUGGAGCUGGCGCCCCCCAGCAAGCUCGAGCAACUGGCCCAGGUCAUCCGCCAAUUGGAGGCCAUACACAGCGUUGGCUUUGUGCACGGCGACAUUCUCCCUCGCAACAUUCUUUUUUGCAGUGCCUGGGAGGGGCAUCCAGCGGCCUUUCUCAUUGAUUUUGAUCUCGGCCGGUUUCUCGUCGACAACCCUGUCUAUGUCUGCAAUUUUGCCGUGGAGGCGAGGGCGCUGAAGCCGUAUCGUCACGUGGGUGCAGUGCCAAGUUCGAGGAUGGACAAGAAGCACGAUGGUUUUGCUUUGGCACGUGUCAUGGAGGACUUUUUAGAGGAUGACGACUCUCGUCAGGAGCUGGUGGCUGCGCUGAAGAAGCUUCACCUGGCUGACGCUGCCGAUCUGUGUAUGAAGUGCAAGCUGUUGUCUGAGUUUAAGAUUUCUGUGCCGGGCAAGGCGACCGGAAGUCCUCCCGUGUUACCAAACGAUAUUUUCCAUCGACACGUGGUUUCGUCGCAUUUGCCGGUGCACCACGAGAUGGCUGACGCCAACACUGACCCCGCUGCGGCGCCCGCGGCCGAUGGCCCCGCUGAGGCGUCGGCCGUGCCAAAGAACAAGAGAUAUCGCAAGGAUAAACCUUGGGACCAUGAGGGCAUUGAUCAUUGGAAGAUUGAGCCCUUUACGGAGGAAAUGGGACAGGGUUUGAUGGUUGACGAAACCUCCUUCUGCACCCUCUUCCCAAAGUACCGUGAGCAGUACCUUCGCGAGCAUUGGUCGCGCAUCACAUCGGAGCUUAAGCGUCUCCACAUUGCCUGCGAGCUCGAUCUGAUCGAGGGCAGCAUGACUGUGCGCACAACUCGCAAGACGUGGGAUCCCUACAUUAUCCUCAAGGCUCGCGACCUUAUCAAGCUUCUUGCUCGAAGCGUACCUUUUGAGCACGCUAUCAAAAUCCUCCAAGACGACGUCGCUUGUGACAUCAUCAAAAUCAAUGGCCUUGUGCGCAACAAGGAGCGAUUUGUCAAGCGGCGCCAGCGUUUGAUUGGCCCCAACGGAGCCACUUUGAAAGCCAUUGAGUUGCUGACCGAGUGUUACAUUCUUGUGCAGGGUAACACGGUCGCCUGCAUGGGCCCCUUCAAAGGUUUGAAGCAAGCACGUCGCGUCGUGCUGGAUUGCAUGAACAACAUUCAUCCCGUGUACAACAUCAAGGCCAUGAUGAUCAAGCGUGAACUCAUGGCCAACGACGCUCUGAAGGAAGCUAGCUGGGAUCGAUUCUUGCCCAAAUUCAAGACGUCGAACAUCAAACGCAAAAAGCCCAAGUUUAAGAAGAAAGAGUACACACCCUUUCCCCCAGCUCCUCAGCCUUCGAAGAAGGAUCUCAUGCUCGAGAGCGGUGAAUACUUUCUCAAGCCUGAAGAGCGUCAAGCCGCCCUUACGCAGAAGAAAAAGGAUCAAGCAGCUCAAAAGGCGGCCGCGAACCAAGCAAAACGCCAGUCGGCAUAUGAAACACCGGCUGAGGCUGAUCGCCCCGCCAAGCGGAAUCGGGCCAGCGCUCCCGAAAGCAAGCACGUGGACGUUGCGGCCUUCAAGGCCAAAAUGGAAGCAUCCAAGCCCAAAGCCUCCUCAGCGGCCACUACCAAAGAUGACUUUGUCAUCCAGAGCAAGAAGCACAAGAAGAGCAAGAAAAAACACAGCGAUGCGUAAAGAAAGCCCUUUGGUUCUCGCUGCGCGAGACUGCUUGCUGCUUUUGCCCUGAAGAUGAAACGCUCCCUGCGGGAGGUUGCUUUGGAAGGCUUUUCUGGCCCACGACCGCUCGGCAAGCCCCAGAACGUUUCAGUGUGUGCCACUCUUUGUCAGCCUUUUUUCGUUUUGUCAGUUCUCUUGUUGCUGCUGACCUCUGGCUGACUUGUUUUCCUGAUAAUCUAUUGCCGAGUGGAGCGCUGCUGCUCUGCAUCAACAAAUCGAUCUGCGACCGUG